AGGAAUUCAGCUAUAAUAUAGAGUCAAUAUGGAAUUUGAUCAGUUGUGAAGCAACAAACUAAUGCUACAAAUCGAGGCUACUUGUUACACACUGGCACGUUUACUGAGUUAACAGAUAAUGCGUGUUAUUUGUGUGGAGGUUAUGUGAUUAGGAAUUACAGUAGUUUGAAUAGCACAUGCUUACAUUUGAAAUGAGUUACCGAGCUAGCGCGUUUCUUAUGUGUGAUUACUAAAGUAAUAUGUUAUACAAGGUUAACAGUUGCAAAGAGACGGCUGAGAUACCCAGCUCUUGGCUCGUUGUAAAUGACAGCCGGUAUUGCUUUUCGGCAUUACAUUUCUAUUUUGAAAUUAUGCGAACUUAUCUUCUAUAAAGUAAUUAUUACACAUUUGCAAUCGGCAAAUUAUCUCGAAGCGGGAUGAUGCUACGUCUGAGAAAUAUGAUUCGAGACGAGCAAGUGGAGAUAGCAAUAUGCAUAAUACUACGUUUGCCAGGAUUGUUUCUAUUGGACUCAUAUUACCAGAUGACGCAGGAUACUGAAGAUGCAGAGCAGACUUUCAUCGUGGCAAUCCCAAGGGCCGCUCAUAUUUUGAUUGUGUUUGUGGCACUGAUCAUGAUAACACUACCAAUGGAGCACCUAAUCACAUUUUAUAUGCAUCUCUUGAGUGCAACAUUGCUUGCUGUCUCUAAAGCUUAUUCACUUCACUAUGUGAUUAAGGAGACAUCAGAACCUGGAAAUGAUGCUGAAACUGGCACUUCCACACGGAAUUUUGAAGCACUGCUGUUCCACGUAUGUGUGUCUGCAGCCGUAACGUCACUGUUGGACUUGGAAGGGAACAGCCAUCGCACCCUACUAGCUGCCUAUACUCUGCCACCAUCAGCCCGAAUUGUGGGGGCACCAGUAUAUUGUCUCCCUACACUUCACUUCUGUGCAAAUAUUACUAUUGGAGUAUGGUUUCUUAGUUACGUACUUGUGAAACUUCCAGAUUUGUUUGCACAUUUUGUCCAUCUCUACCGUUUUGUAGUUUUUGGGGGACGUGUCUUUUAUGUCCCUGUAAUUGUGUGGCAGCAGUAUUAUCUAAUGCAGCAGCUGUUCAUUUUCUGGUGUUUGCUUGUUGUGGUGCAGCUCUACAAUUACUGCAAUCCACAGGCACUUGGUGGGAGCCCAAGGGGUGCCUUAUUGCUGGAACAGGAGUGGUAUUUGAUGUUGUUAUAUGCAGUGUCAGAAGUCUGUGCAUCUCCGUUCAGUCUGGCAGCUAGCUGCAUUGCAGUGACAUACAUAGCACGUUUUGUUUUGUUGUUUACAAAUGUUUUUGCUCAAGGGAAAUGGGAUUCAGGUUUAAUUCGUGAGCAUCCACGUGCUGGUGUAGGUGAAGGCAUUACUAUGGCACUGCUUUCUCUACAGACAGGAAUGACCCGUUUGACAAUGCCACAACGAGUUGGAGCCAUGUCUGUGGUUCUUUUCAUUGUGUUGGGCUCCCUCAUCCAGUCAAUGCAUGAAAUGACAGAGCCCUUGCUAAUGCGUCUUUGUGCAUCGAGAAAUGUCUCAAAGUUGCGGCACAUCCGUCUUUUAUUCCUCUGCCUUUUCCUUUUAACAUUUCCUUUGUACAUGACGUACUUUUUGUGCUCUCUCUUCAAGGUUGACUUCUGGGCACUUGUUGUUGUCUCCACAUGUGCUCUUACUUCUGUGCAGGUUGCAGGAUCAAUCGUUGUUUAUUGUUUAUUCAUGUUUGAUAACCUGUACAAAGAUUCUUCGUGGGAAGCGUUGGAUGAUCUUGUUUACUAUGCUAGAGCUGUUACAAGGGUAUUGGAGUUUCUUGUUGCAGUUCUUGUAGUUGGAGCAGGCUUCCAUGAAUCAGUACUGAUGACAACGGAUGGCCAGCCUUGGUCAUGGGUAAACAGUUCUGUAUUGCUGGUGCACUGCUACUACAAUGUGUAUCUGAGGUUACAGUCAGGCUGGCAGAGUUUCCUGCUCCGCAGGGAAGCGUCACGUCGUGUGGGAGGGUUGCCAGUGGCGACUUGUGAACAGCUGGCAGCGCGUGCUCAUGAUGUUUGCCCAGUUUGCUACAUUGAGAUGACUUCUGCCUGUGUCACACCAUGUCAGCACCUCUUCCACCCAUCUUGUUUAAGAAAAUGGCUUUACGUACAAGACAGUUGUCCACUGUGCUCAUCACGAGUGAUAGAUAUUCCAAAAGUGAAAAAUGAGACCUCCAGCAGAACUCCAGAUCCUAUAAGAGCUGAGAACCAAAGUCAAAAAGUUGAUGAAGAAGCCUCUAUGCCCAGCAAUUGUGCCCCUGAAGAUGUAGUGAACAGUUCAAUUAAUAAUGCAAGUGAUAUGUUUUCAGAAGCAAAGACUGAACUAGAAACAGUCAGGAAUUCUAACUCAGAGGCUGAAGUUGUGGCUGAAACAUGCACUAGCAUGCAUAGGAGAUUUCCUGAGGAGGUUCAUGUGGAGAGAAACAACAAUUUUGGCUCUUAUAGUGAGGAACCCUGUUUAGCUGGUAAAGAGAAAAUUGUAAUGGGUCAGGUUGAAGAAGAACCUAUCACGGCAAAUAUAACAUCAUCAUCAAAUGUUUCCAAUGAAACGGACAGUAACUGUAGACCUCAGUCUCCACAUGACAGAGGGCAAAUCAUACCUUUCAGUUAUCAACUAGAGAGACAAAAUACUGAAAUAAACUGCAGUGUAGAUUUCAGAAUGCUCCCUGUACAAGAUAAAAGCAGUAAGGAAGAUGUGCCAAGUAGCUCCUCCCUUGCAACAGAUGCCUGUUUAGUCAAAGCUAUCCAAGAUGAGGAAAGUGAUCACUGAACAAUCAUUAUAAAUGUGUGCAGCAACAAUAGUCACCAGUCAAUAGUUAUGGUCAAGUGAAUAUUUUAUUCUAUUUUCCUCACUUGAUGAAUCAUUGGAACUAUUUUGGCUGUAGAUGUUGGUGUGUUCCAGGACACAGGUAUCUUAGGCAAACUGAUAACUGUAUGUGUCUGAAAGACUGAUGUUUUGUUUGUGUACGUGUGUGUGUGUGUGUGUGUGUGUGUGUGUGUGUGUGUGUGUGAGAGAGAUUGUUGUUGUUGUUGUUUAUUUGCAUGCAAGUGCAUGAGUUUUCUAAGAAAAAUUCAAAUGAAUGGAAGAUACAUUAAACUUUCACUCACAUCUUUGUCACGAAAAAAAGAAGGAAAAUUGUCUUAAUUCUCAAGAACUGAAAGGAUUGUGAACUGGUAUAUUUAUUGUGUCUCAACUUCAUGGCAGAAUAAUUGGGUACAUUUUUUUGUGUUGUUUUGCUGUGCUAGUCACUAAAUGUUUUGUCGACAUUAAGCGCUUAUGCUUGAUGAGAGUGUCUUUACUAAGCUAAAAUUUAUUUUUAAUUGCCAUUGUAAUAAGUGCCGAUCACCAUGCUUUUUAAAGAGGUCAGAUAGUUUUUACAAUAAUGUGGAGGUCUAUGCAUGAUUUCAUUGCAGAUUGAAUAGAGUUACAUAGUGCUAGGGCAAAAAUUCUGAUGAGGAUGGUUAUUAAUCCACCUGAAUUUUUAGAAAAAAGACAAGCUUUGCACUGGUCUCAUCAACAAGAAUUUUCAAAUUUGUUUUUGUGACAGUCAACACUUUUUAUUGUUUCUCCUGAUUUACCAGUUAUUUAACUUUUGUAGAAAGUAAACAUAUAAAACAUAGAGACUGUAGGAUACUCAUUUUGAAGUACUAUUCAACAUGAAGUAAAACAGUGGUACCAGUGACAUCCAACUUUUAAAGACAAACUCGCAUUUUUAGAAUAGAGAUUCUUUAUCAGAGAUUAAUGCAUGUAUGUAAGGUUACAGAAACAUUGACUUCUGUAGGUUUUUAUUCUGUUUAACUACAACUUGCUCUUCAUCAGCAGCAAAAAUAUUGUUACUAUGGUGUAGUUCUUAGCGUAAAGAAUUUUAUCAUUUUUCCCUUAAUUUUAUCAUUGGUAUUUCUUCGGACAGAAUAUUUAACAGAAUUGGUCACUUAUUGGUUACUUAGAGCUCAAUUGGUAACUCAGAGCUCAGUGUGUCAGUUUGUUGCUUUUAUGAGAUGUUAAUGAGCAGCAUUACUAUGUUUUUAAAAAUCUAAAUCUACUUUUCGGACAGGAAAAACAAGAAAAACUGAAUUUAAAAUCUUCAUAAAGUGCCAUCUUCUCUGAGAUUUACACAA